UCCUGAAGGUCUGGCCAUGGAAUACGCAAGGACUACUUAGAAAAAUGAGUAUGAUAAAGGCCCUUGCUGGAAUAUGUUUCCUUCAUCUCACCACGAUCGUCCUGCUCUUCAUCGCCGUCAUAGAUGAUGCGUGGUGGUUCACCAACAGCCUAUACUCUGACAUAUGGGGCCGCUGGGUGAUGGAGCACGAUGACGAGGUGUGGGUCUACACAGACCUGCCCAGCUCCUACAGGAGAGACUACCUGGGUGCGGUGCAGGCCUUUGCGGUGCUGGCCUGCAUGUUCCUCUGCUUCUCCCUGUUCGCCUUCAUCUACCAGGUCUUCAUGCUGGAGAAAGGGGAGCGCUUCACAAUCACGGGGGUCCUCCAACUCGUCGCCUGUUUCUUCCUGAUGGUAGCCCUCUCGGUCUACACGGACCACUUCCACCAAGGGGAGACGGAUGGCUGGUACGGCUACUCCUACAUCCUCGCCUGGCUGGCCUGGCUGCUGGCUCUCUUCACCGGCGUGCUCUACAUCAUACUGAAGAAGAAGGUGGAGUAAGAGGAGGGGGGACACUCUUCCAUCUCUUUCUCUCUCUCCCUCUCCCUCUCUCUCUUCCUCUCUCGUUUCCAUCGGUGUGCUAUACAUCAUACCGAAGAAGAAAGUGGAAUAGAAGGAGGAGGCUCUUCCAUCUCUCUUUCUCUAUCUCUCUCUCUCCCUCUCUCUCGUCUUCACUGGCGUGCUACGUAUACAUCAUACUCAAGAAGAAGGUGGAAUACUCAGAGAUGGUGGUGCUGCUUCUAUCUCACUUUCUCUCUCUCUCUCUCUCCACACCCUCCAAUGGCUCUACAUCAGUCUCAAGAAGAUCGAGUAGAAUGAGAUGGCGCUGCUUCUCUCUC